UGUCGCCAGCUGUGCCGCGCCAUUUACACGGUCACACUUUUUUGUAGGUUGGUUAUUUAAUAAAAACAACUACUUAAGGAGUUAGAAAAUAAAUCAUUACCGGCAAAAUGAGACAUGCUCAAUUUCUGGCCCGCACUGUUCUGGUGCAAAAUAACAACGUGGAGGAGGCCUGCCGCCUGCUAAACCGCGUGCUUGGCAAGGAAGAGCUUCUGGACCAGUUUCGCCGCACACGCUUCUACGAGAAGCCCUACCAGGUACGACGUCGUGUUAACUUUGAAAAGUGCAAGGCCAUUUACAACGAGGACAUGAAUCGUAAAAUUCAGUUUGUUUUGCGCAAAAACCGCAGCGAACCCUUUCCUGGAUGCAGUUAGGAAUUCUACAAUAUUAUAUCGUAAUAAAGUGCAGCAGAAGAAAGGAACUUGUUUUUCAUGCUGCUUAGCCUUUAAAGUUA